CCUCCGAGCCUCCGCGACUCUCACAACCAGCGGUUGUAUAUCGUCGAGUGCUACGCCGUUCCACGCUAGUGUUGUUGCGCUCCCACCGUCGCCGCUACGCCGUAGUUGUGCUCGUGCAGUGACAACGCGCCGUGCUCCAACGUGUUGAUCCAUCGGCCGACCGAUCUCCUCCGCUCCACCGAAACGCAACCAUUAUCGACCACCGCCACCGAUUCCGUCUCUUUUUCCCCUUUUUCGUGUUUCGUUUCUCAUCGCCGCAUCGAGCGGGGAACAGGAGAAGGAGGAGGAGGAGGAAGAGGAAGAAGAAGAAGAAGAAGAAGAAAAAGUUUCUUACGGACGCAGAUUGGCCCCGAGUAUCCUCCUCUUUCCUCGGCCUUUUUUUCUUUUCACCCGGAGAGAGAGAGAGAGAGAGAGAGAAAGAGAGAGAGAGGAAGAGAGAGUUCACCCUAUUCGCAUCGUAACACGCCACUUUGGCCGAGCGCCAACCAUCUCCAGCAACGUUAGCGGCCACCUAGUCACAAAGAUGUUGGCGCAAAUCCAAGUGCGCCCGGUGGUUUCGUGCUACCUGCGCUGCGCCGGGGUUCUUACCGUUUCCACCUUCGAACACAAGUGAGAAAGUGCGUUCCGAACGAUCGGCAAGGUUGGAGGGGUGAGAACGAUCGCGAUAAAGUGCCCGAUGCGAGUGAGGAGUUUAUAUCGUUGCCGAUCGAUGCGUUGGUCGUUGGCUCGAUCGUGGUGAUGGUGGGUGCGAGGCGAUCGAUCGGGAUCGCGUAACUCGUCCGCGCCGCCGCCUUAUUUUUCCCGCUCUUCUCGCUUCUUCUCCUCCCGCCCGACGCCGCGAUGCGCGAAAAGUCUGGUUAAUCGAUCCCGUUUUUUCGCGCGCGAUACGAUCGUGGACCGAUCGAGGCCGAUGAGAGGGUAAAGGAUCGUUCACGAGUGCGCGAGGAAAAUUGGAUCGGCGAGAAAUCGAUGGGAGAAGUGGAAGUGGGUGGAAAGUAUCUCGUCGACGGAGGAAGAAAAUUGCAUAACGAGCGCUGAAUGCAAGGAUUUUGAAAGUAGCUCCAGAAGGCCAGCCCGACGCGAUGCGUCGACGCUGCUGACGCAACGCGCCUGGAUGCGUCUCACUUUAAGCACGUUACCACAGCUUGCCGUUUUAGCGAAGAUUUUGUGCCUCCUGAUGGUGGUGAUGUGCGGGGCGGUGCCGGCAAUGGUGCGCUCCGUGAGUCUCUACUCGACUUGCAGCAGCGGCAAUGUUACCGUGAUGGGCCGUUUGAUCAAGGCCGUGGAACGCACCGAUCACAAUGCCCCUUACCAAAAACUUACGACCCAGUCCGAGGACUUCAGUAAAAUGUUGUACAUCUUCGCCGAGAAGAGCCAGCGAUACAUCUGCUUCAACAAGAAAUGGAAACUCGUCGGCCUGCUUAAGAAGCAAAAGGGUUAUUGUCAGUUCUACGAGGAGUACAACGGCUCGUAUCUGACGUACAGAAACGUGAAUAAUUCGCGGUAUCUCGGGUUCAACAAGUCCGGGUACCCGAUCAAGAAUCGCGGCCGGCAGGAGUGCUUCAAUUUCAUCAAGUACAAUCCCCACGCGGACAUAAAUCACCACAACAGCCUGGUGAACGCGGACAUGGGCGGCAUGGGGCCGAGGGAUCCGUACGUUGUGUCGAGGAAACCGUCGCCGGCGAGGGACACGAAGAACUCCCUGUUGCAGGCGGACAGCACGAGGGAGACGAUCCACACGACGCAUCAUUAUCGGCACUCGAAUCGUUGGAAGAUGCGCCAAGGCGAGAAGAUGUCCGCACCGCGAAGAUGGCACGAGAGCCGUCUCUUCGAGGCCAACAAGUAUUGAGCCGCGCACUGGCUCGCCGAUCAAGACUGCCUCAUCUACAUCUGUGAGAACCUGAGAUCAGACUGCCGAAUACGCUGGUGGAACGUACGGUCGAGAUGUCAGGGACCCACUAACGCGGCACCACGUGAAACGCGGCUCGAAGCACGCGCCUCGAUUGAUCGCAACGAACAAAAGCUGGCUGGCUCGCCUCGUGUCUCCUGCUCGCUUGGGUACACGCAUACACACGCACACACACACACACACAUACACAUGUACAUGCACAGAUACGUAUACACAAAAAUACCCGCACACGCAUACACGGAUACACACACGACCAACCGCAUCUCGCUAUACGGACGACAAGCAACAACGAAAAUUCUACGUUCGCUCGAGAACGCAGAAACGGAGCCGAGUACCGAGUUGCAGGAAGACAGUCUUGUUGGCUAGAGCUUUCGUUACGCGUCGUUAAAUUCCAUUUCACACUUGCCCCCGACUGAAUCCUUUCAGGCAAGUAUGCAUACGAUAUAUAUCCAUAAUUUCCCUUUCGUUCCAUCGCUAAAUUUUUGAUACUAUUAGUUGGAGGGUGGUCGAUUAACGAACUUACCCGUACUACUCGUUUCUUAUUUCAUUAUUUCACCGAUUAUCUCUCUCGAUCGUUCUCGUUGUCUCGUUUCCAGAAAAAAGAAAAAAGAAAAAAGAAAAAAAAGAAAAAAAAAUCCAAGAAUAUUAGCUCCCCCCCGUACGUACGAAAUAAAGUGAAAUAAAAUAGAAAAAAAAAAAAAAAAAAAAAAANAAAAGAAAAAAAAAAGAAGAGGAGAAAGUAAGAAGUAGGGAAAAUAUUUCGUGAGAAUUCGCGUAUUCGUUUAGGGGAUCCAGUUUAGGGGAUCGAUUUUAGCGAUGGAAGAAUAUUAAGUACGUUUGUUGCGCGCGAUCGGCCUAAAUCGUUGCGCAAUCGGACAGCUAUCGUGCUUCAAGCGCUGUCACAGAUGACCGCGGAUUCACGCGCGGAGAGAUGCACGAACCAAAGUAUUUCGCGCAUUUCCCCCAUGGAAAUAUUCCCUUUUAUUCUCAAAAGUUGAUCUCGAAGUUGAGCAAAUUCAUCGCGCGUUAAUCGGACUCGAUCGAAAACAGAGAGAGAGGGAGAGAGAGAGAGAGAGAGUUGAUUUAGUCGUAUAUAGAUAUCGAUGAACAGAAUUUAGUUAUUAGCAGCUAUAGUUAUUCAUCACACUUUCGAAAGAAAAGAAGAAAGGAAGGAAGGAAAUAUUUCCGGGGAUUAGGGGAGCGCUGAGAAGGUGUAACUCUCCGGCGUGGUCGCGCAGUAGAGCUCACGCUGCGCAAGACUCUCUCGCUCGCUGUGCUAAUUACGCCGCCUAAUGUAGCGUGCGUGCGUGCAUGCGUGCCUGCCUGCCUGCCUGCGUGUAUGAUAAUAUUAUGUGUGCGUGCGUGCGUGCGUGCGUGCGUGCGUGCCUGCCUGCUCGCGACGUACACGCAGUUCUCACCGUGUCACGUUCAUGUCGAAGCUCCGCCACGCGGUCGAAAUCUUCGAAUCGCUAUUUUAUCAACGGCUGCUCCAUUCGUCUAAGCAAUUUUUUACUAUUUUAUUCUUAAUCGAUAUUAUUUAUACAUAUACGUAUAUAGAUAUAUAUUAAAGAAGAGGAGAGAGAGAGAAAGAGAGAGAGAAAGAGAGAGAGAGAGAGAGAGAGAGAGAGAGAGAGAGAGAGAGAGAGAAAGAAGAGAGAGAAAAAAGGAAAAAAAUACGCACGUGCGUAAAAGUCGAUUACUCCGAACGCACAUACAUAUUACGCAAACGGAAUUUAUUGAGACAGAGAAUCGGUAUGCAUACGCUAUUUCUCAGGAAUGCGAUAGCGUGUGAUAUAUAUAUAUUUUUCGUAAAUUUAUUCCGGGACGAUGUUUAGACAAACGGACGAAUAAAUAAAAAUAACAGGAUCUCUGAAUAUUUUGUACGACAUGUAUUUGAAAUACGAUUCGCUUUCGACGCGAUUUUCACUCGCGUCGUGCGGUGUAAUUCACACAGAAAUCUAUAUUUUUCGGAUAUGGAAUGAGAGUGAGAUAUAUUAUUGAGAGAGUAUCGGCUUAAACUGCGUGUUCGUGUACGAGCUUAAAAGUAUUUGUGUGCAUUUUUUGCGUGCGUACGUAUAUUUGCCUCUGUGAACGCGUGUGACUGCGUGUAAUAUAUUAUAAUAUAUUACGACCGUUAAUGAAGUUAAUCCUUAGGACGCUACUGCAGACUGUAUUACUAGGUUAGGUACACGAUAUACGACGUGAACGGCGACUCAACGAAAAGGAUCAGUGGUACGUUCCUCGGCCUCGCGUAUAUAAUAAUUAUACACAUGUUUCGUGCGAAUUUACCUUUCGCACGCGAACACGCGUAUUUCCGAUCGAUGAAAUCGCGUACGUCGCGUGCGUGAAUAGAAAAGAAAAGAGAAGAAAAGAGAAAAAAAGAGAGAAAAAAAAGGUACCGAGUAUCAUCACCUGCUGAUUCCUUCGUUUUCGCAGAUUCGCCACGUAAGGGCCGCUUGCCCCUUUCUCCCUCCCCCCCCCCAAAAAAAAACAACUCGUGCCCUAGGUAGCUUAUUUAUUGAAAUCAUGUUUAGAUACUACGAAAAACCAAACCGCCCGAGAACACCUUUUCCUCCUAUAUAUGUACGGAAAUGUGCGCUGCUCUCUUUAUUAUUAUUUUACUUAUUGCCAAUUCGUUAUCUUUUCGUUUUUUUUUUUUUCAUUAAUCCUCCUUGAUUUUUUUUCUUUUUUUUUUUUUUUUCCUAAAUUAAUUCUUCUUCCGACGAGACGACGAAUUUUACUCGUUGCUCUAUUUCCCUAGAAGAAUUUCAUUUUUCUUCUCCUUUUUCUUCUUCUUCUUCUUCUUCUUCUUCUUCCUCCUCCUGUUUCUUUGAUUGAACGUGAAACGCGCGUUUCGAGAAAAUUUUCGUUCUUACAUUCGAUUAAAAUUAAAUAUUUCCAUUCAUUAUUCGCGAUAAUUCCGUCGUCAUUCUCAUAUAGUAUUGUAUUUACUUUCCUUCUCACCUUCUCCUCUUUUAUCGUUAUCGAUCCUAAAUCCGAAAAAUACUCAAUACCUGAUUAGUUAAUUUCGUUUUUCGUACGAGUGGCAGUGCGUAGAGACCCUAUUUUCGCCCUGAACGGUGUUUGUACGUGUCGCUAAAAAAAAAAAGAAAAAAGAAAAAAAAAGUAGACGGCAAAUUGUUCGUAGAAGCGCCACACGUCCGUCUGAUGAAUCGCGGAUAAACGCGAAAGAGAUCAUUUCUCUUCGAUUCGCGUUCCUUUCAAUAUUAUUAUUAUUAUUAUUAUUAUUAUUAUUAAUAUUUUUUUUUUUGACAAGCACUAGGAUCAUUCCGUUGACGUGCGCUCUGAUUUCUAAUAUCAUUUCGUUAUUUCGGAAAAAAGGGGGAAAAAAAAAACGAUCAAAGUUAUUCAGAAUAAUUAAUUUUUUUUUUUUUUUUUUUUUUUUUUUUUUAUUUUCGUUUGUCGCAAUACUUCGUCUAUCGGCGCGUGGCGUAUGCAGGCUAAGUACGAAUUAAAAAAAUUUCGCGCGCGAAACACAAAUAAAAAAAUGCAAGCAAUCGACGAUUAGAAGAAAGAAAGAAAGAAAGAAAGAAAGAAAGAAAAAAAAAUAUCGUAUCGUAACAAUUAAAAAAUUUAACACACUCGUUUCGUGUAUGUGUAAACGUAACAUCGAGUCGUGAAUUGCAGCGACGUUUGCAAUAACAGGGAAGCAAAGGGAACACCGAAUAAUUCGAUCGAUUUCUUCUAUUCUCGACGAGUAGAAGGGGAAAAAAAAAGGGACGAAUAUCGAGAAAAAGAAAGAAAGAAAGAAAGGAAGAACAAAUUAGAUAAAUAACUCGCAGCGAUUCUCGACCUAAGCGUUCCUUAGAAUCAUCGGUUUGCUCGAUGUCAAGUCACUUGGCGUUUAGUUUUUUAUAUUCAACGAAACACAAUUCACAUUUUUUCUACGAUUCUCAUAUUCGAUAUUUCGAAGCGGUACGAGUACACAUAGUUGCGUUUAGAGAAUUUUACGAGAAGCAAUUUUUGAGAAGCAAGUGUGUAGUUGUAUUUUUAAUAAUACGCGAUAAUAGCACAAAAAAAAAAAAAAAAAAAACAUUCGUCGAAUUCCCCUGUCGUUGACGCGUGCCUUGACUUCGAGCACGAUAAAA